AUGAAACAAGAAAGGAAAUGGUCGUAUAACACCGCUCAACAGUUUACCCUGGAAAUGGGACUAUUUGGGUAUGAGAAAGCAGAUUCGAGAUUUCAUUGGAGAGAGUUGAGAAGACGAAUUAGGCAGUAUAAUAUUUUCACACGCCUUCUCUGGCUUCGUUUCAAGCGUGGAGACUCGUUUUGGAUCAAAAGAAGAAACUCUUUGUUAAUGAUUACAAUAUGCAUUAUAAGUAUUGCUUUAACGAUCCACGAUUUAUCUAUCGUUUUCUACGGUCCUACCAAUGCUACAUCAAUGGGCAUUUUAAUGAUCAUUUGGAAUUUUCACUCAAGCUUUUCAAUGGUUUGCUUAUUCUAUUGGCAAAGAUACGGAUCGAUUGAGCGAUUUCUUCAAUGCUUUUCUGAGUCCGAUCUCGGAGUUGAAGCGUUUAGAGAGCGCUCAUCCUCUUCUUAUCGCCGAACGAUGAUCCGUUUCUGUGCUUUCACUGGAACAAUCCUUUUCAUGAUGAUCGCUCAAUUUUUCGUUCAUUUACUCGGUCACUUCUUUAUUUACUUUGCAGAAUUGCAUCGAGAGAUGAUCAACGAAACUGAGCGGAUCUUCAUGCAAGGUUGGAUGCUGAAUGUGCGAAUGAUCGUCUAUUCGAUUCUUUUCCCUCUUGAUCUUAUGGUGAUCCAUUUGUACGUGACCCUGUCAAAAGCUUUAUAUUAUGAGAUGAAAAGCUUCAAUUGGCUUUUGAGAGAGCUGACACUGAAACGUGAUUUGAAGUCAGAGUUGCAAGAUUUAAUCUGCAAACACUCGAGACUCAUCGCAACGAUCAAGCAAUUUAAUAAUGUUUUUGCGAUCUACGCCUUUCUAAUGGUCGGUUCAACGAUUCCCACCUUUCUCUUCUCAAUCAUUCAAAUCGGCGAAACUCGUUUACACAAUUUGAACGAGUUCCUCUCCGCUUUGCCGUCUCUUCUUUUCUGUAUUUAUGGAUUUUAUGCUUGGACUGUGGUGCCAGCUUUAUUAUAUGAAGAGAUUAACGAUUCGAAAUCAAUUUUCUGCAUGAAUGUGAAAGUUUGGGAGAGUCAAGAUCAAGAAGUGAGAGCCGAAGCAAGAACACUCGCGAUUCACCUUGAUCAACCCGAGUUGGGCGUUUCUUUGUGGGGUUUCGCUAUUUUAUCGAAAACAUCAAUUUUAACGACUUUCUCCGUUUUACUCACUUUCUGGGCUCUCCUCACCGAAUUUCACAUGAAACGCAUUGAAGAACGAUCGAUAAAUGAUACAGAAGCAAUGAAA